UUCGUUUUUUUUCUUUCUUCUUGCUCUGAUCGUAGUGGUUCAUGAUGGGGUAACCGAUUCCGUUGAAAAGCCCUAGCCUUUUCGUUGUUCAACUUCAAUGGCUUCUUCGAAUCAUAAUUACCUCAAUUGUUCAACACGCCGCGGCUAUUCCAAGUCCCAAAUGUGCCUCUUCAAGAUUCUGCACAUAAUUUCAUCGAUCCCACCGUCGAAAGAAGAGGUUUUUCCGAGUAACAACAAAGGGGUUGGUAUUGAUUUGAAUCUGAGAUUCUGUUCCGUUUCGGAGAGUGGAGGAGAUUCCGAAGCCGAAGUUGUUCGAGAGAAGAGUGUGGAAGUUUCUAAGGUUUACGACAAUGGAGCUGAUCAUGAAGAAUCGGAAUUCGAAGAAGAUGGAGAUGGAAACGGUGGUGUCAAGGAAACGAUGUCGUUUCGGGGGAGAGGAGAUGAUAGUAAUUACCUGGAUUUGCUUAUCGAAGCGGCGAGAGUGUUAUCAGCGAAGGACGAGUCGAACUCGGAGGAAGAGAGGGAACUCAGUGGCGAGUUGGGGACUCGGGGAGCGAGUCAAGAGUCCGGGUUAUUGGAUUUGGAGGAGGAAAGAAGGGUUAAGAAACGAAAGGAGAGGUGGGUGGUUGUGGAUUUGUACGGUGAUGUGGUUGAGGGAAGAGAACCGGUGGUGAGGUCCAAGAGAGGGAGGAACCAGGCGCUGCCGUACCGGUUCAGAGACUCGGUGGUGGAGCCAUUGAAACGCUUGGGUCGUUCCCAGAGACCGUCGUCAACCGUGCAAGCCAGAAAACGACUCCUUCGGACGUCGCCUACAACGUAAAACGUCUCUUUCUCUUGAAGCGUAAGUGAUAUUGCUGAACUCACGCGUGAUCAUCUCCUCCUUCCUCCCAAACCUCGUUUGAAGUCAUCACCCAAGUCAUUUUAUUGGGAGAGACAACAAACAAGGAUUAAGUGGCUACGAAAAUGCAUUUGUUUAGAGUUUUAUUUCGUCAAAGGUUACUUUCAUUUACCUGAUCAGCAAGGGCAAUUUUGCUUGUUAGCUUCAAACUUCCCAAUAUGCAGAAGGUUUUUUUUUUUUAGAAGGUACUGCUCCUCAAUAUGCUAUAACUUUUUUUGGUUGUGAGCGGUCAGUGUCAUAGUUUAGGGAAUUCAAUGGCGUAGUCCUCCAUGUGACGGAAGAAUGGUGUUAUGAUUUCUUUCUUUGAAAAGCGGGUGGUGGUUUUAGAUGGGGUUUGGGGCGAAGGAAAUUAUCACGUGAAACCGUUAGUAGAGCGUCAUCACUAAACACUCCAAAUUCCAAAAGAUGUACAUAUAAGUGAAAUUUACCAGCC